GGGGUGGCCGGACCCGGACAGCUCCACGGCUCCCUCCCUCGGCUCAUCCCCGCGUCCCCACUUCCCUCCUCCCCGGACUCCGAGCAGCAUCCUCUGCGGACCCUCGGUCCUCACUCCCGGGGUCGUCCCGCUCCCCUCGCUCGGUGUCGUUACCACCCUCCCCGGCCACCCCGGGAACUUUGUCCGCCUGCGCACGGGAGUGAGGGGUUGCUUCGUCCGGGCGCGUUUUUCCCGGGGUUCAUUGGGUGGCAGUCUUCGCAGGAGGGCGCCAGGGUCCCAGAGAGACGCCCGCCCCCCGCAGCCUGCCCCGCAGCGGGCCGACCGUCGGGCCUCGGCAUCCUCGCGGCCCCUCUCCCCCAACCAUGACCGAAAUGAGCGAGAAGGAGAGCGAACCGGAUGACGCGGCCACCCACACCGCCCCGGGGACCGCGUCCGUCCUCCACGAAACCAAGCUCCAGCGGUUCAAGCGCUCGCUUUCCCUCAAGACCAUCCUCCGAAGUAAGAGCGUGGAGAACUUCUUCCUUCGCUCAGGCUCUGAGCCCAAGUGCCCCACCGAGGUGCUGCUGACACCGCCAACCCCGCUGCCCCCUUCCUCCCCACCACGGGCACCCACAGACAGGGGCCUGCCCACCCCGGCACCCUCCCCCUGCCCCGUCCCACGUCCCCUGGCAUCUCUCAAACCAGUGAGGCUGCACAGCUUCCAGGAACAUGUCUUCAAGCGAGCCAACCCCUGUGAGCUGUGCCACCAGUUCAUUGUAGGAAACUCCAAGCAGGGCCUGCGGUGUAAGACAUGCAAAGUCAGCGUCCACCUCUGGUGCUCCGAGGAGAUCUCCCACCAGCAAUGCCCAGUCAAGACGUCCUCCUCCUUCCGUCGCAACUUCAGCUCCCCCCUCCUGGUGCAUGAGCCGCCACCAGCCUGUUCCACAAGCAGGGAGUCCCCGCCCACUGGCGCCAGCGGGAAGGUGGACCCCGUCUACGAGACCCUCCGCUAUGGCACCUCCUUGGCACUGAUGAACCGCUCCAGCUUCAGCAGCACCUCUGAGUCCCCCACACGGAGCCUGAGCGAGCGGGAAGAGCUGACGGAGGAUGGGGAAAGCAGCAUCCGGAGCUCCGAGGAGGGCCCUGGCGACAAUGUGUUCACAGCCCCGGCAGAGAGCGAAGGGUCAGGACCAGAGGAGAAGAGCCCUGGACAGCAGCCCCCCAAGCACCCGCUGCGGAAGGACGUGGGCCCCAUGUACUCCUAUGUUGCGCUCUACAAGUUUCUGCCCCAGGAGAACAACGACCUGGCUCUACAGCCUGGAGAUCGGAUCAUGCUGGUGGAUGACUCUAACGAGGACUGGUGGAAGGGCAAGAUUGGCGACCGGGUUGGCUUCUUCCCAGCCAAUUUCGUGCAGCGGGUGAGGCCGGGCGAGAAUGUUUGGCGCUGCUGCCAACCCUUCUCCGGGAAUAAGGAACAGGGUUACCUGAGCCUCAAGGAGAACCAGAUCUGUGUGGGCGUGGGCAGGAGCAAGGAUGCUGACGGCUUCAUCCGCGUCAGCAGCGGCAAGAAGCGGGGCCUGGUGCCAGCCGACGCCCUGACCGAGAUCUGAGAGGAGCCAAGAGAACCCAGAUGCCACCCCUGCCUGUGCCCGGCCCUCGCUUCUGGUCCCGGGAGGGAGCAGGCAUCU